UUCCGAGUCGGCUGAGAAAUACGCUGCUGAACACACGAUGCCUGCCUCCAUCUAAACUCUGUGAUGGAAGCACAGAUAGGAGUUCUUUUCUUUUUUAUGGUAUGGAGCUCAUCGGCCGCUGGGGAGGUGAAGAUCCUGAGAGGCACUGAAGGAGGAAACAUCACUCUGCCUGUCCCUGCUAUCGACUCUGGAUAUCUUUCACUUGGGCCAAAGAUUCUUGCUAAUGUCAAUGAGGGGAAGAUCCAGAUACUGGAUAAUAAGUACAAGCACAGACUUCUCUGGAACAGAACCACUGGACUCUUUACACUCACAGGACUACAGAGGGCUGACUCAGGGAUAUAUGCCAUUUCCUCUAAAUCUUAUAACCUCACAGUGCAUGAGCCUGUCUCAGAUCCUACAGUGAAGAGGCUUAGUGUGAGCACUGAGAGCUGCACCUUGCUGUGUGCUGUGGACCAAGCUGCAGAAACUACACUGUUGUGGUACAAAGAUGAGGAGAAACUGAACGAGAGCAGCUCUGCUCUCCCUCUUCCUCUCAUUAUACACAGGCAGGAUUUCAACUCUUCAUAUAGAUGUGUAGCUGCCAGCCCUGCUGAGAAGAAAACUCUUUCAGUCACUGUUAAGACAUUGUGUGAACACAACCACACAAACAGCACAGAUGACAUCAGACACAAAAGACACCAUACAGUUGGAAUUGUAAUCUCCAUCCUGUCUGUUGUGAUUGUUACACUUGUUGCCUUUUUCAUCAAGUGGAAGUGUCUUGACAAGAACAAAAGGAUAACCAGACAAACACAAGGCAGGUAUUUUCUUCAGCUGUUUAUUAAUCUCAAUGUUUGAUUCCAUUUUUGAUCCUGUUAAAUGUACACACUGUCCAAGAUUUUUUAAAUAGUUCUGAUGUUCAGCUAGUCAUAAAUAAUCAUACUGUGGUGUACAAACUGUGUGAGAGAUACAACAUGUACAGUACAUUGGUUCUUGUGUGAGUAAUCCACUUUUAAGGAGGAAUAUUGGAAAUGUUUCUUUUAAGGAGCGUUAAUAGUUGUGAGUGUUCUUUGUUCUAGUUGUGGGAAUGUGAGUGAUUUUGCAUCAUCUGCAUUUCCUCUAUCAUAAUGUUUAAUGUUCUCUGCAGCGUUACUGUGGAAUGAAAGAGAUGAUUUUGAAUGAUCCCACUGAGAACACUGAGCAACAAAAUGAGACAGAUAGUCUUCAUAGCAGCCAUCAUGUCAUGUCAGACAGGAUCUGUUUGUGUCAUAAAAGCUGCUGCACUCAGCCCUACGGCCAGAUGAGUGAAUAGAUGGUACUUUCCACAUUUUGUGACUGUAAAUGGAGAUGAGAGAUAAAUUGCUUUAACACUGUAGCAUAUACAGAUGUACAAGGCCAGACACACAAAACAAUUAUAGCCAACUACUUUUUUUUUUUAACCUUAAGUCUGUUCUCAUAGUGUUUCUGCAUACUUAGGCUGUGUUUUCUUGUGCCUCAGAUAUCACUAUCACCUUAUACUCCUGACAUCAAGCUACGUCCAGCUCAGUUCAUCUGCUACCAGUCUGGAUUCAGCUCCAGUCUGCCUGACUUGUUCUGCCGCCACUGCCAUUCCCAGCUUGGCUCUGCCAGUUCAUCAGAUUUCUGCCGUGCUCCAUCGAAACCAUUACUCAGCCCACUGCUCAGCCCAGAGCGUCCAGCUCUCACCCCUUCACCCAAACCCAUUUCUAUGUCAGCAAUAAAUGACCCUUUAAACUUC